AUGAGUCUUAAAGAGAAGGAUGUAAAAAAGUUGGUCACGCUGGACCUUCUUCAGAUGGUGAGUCUGGUGCCAUGUGAGCAGGAUCUGGUGGUGGAAAGUACCACCGGGGAGAACGACACGCCUGGUCGGUCUACCGAGGGCACAGAGCAAAUGACUGAUCGGCAUUCUCCUGGGCCUUCUCCGCUUUCCCGUAGACCUGGCGACUUAGUCAUUAGAGAGCCUGAUCCUCAGCGUAGAUCUACUAUUCCCGCUCAACCUGGGAAAGGAAAAGCUAUCCAGUCACUUGUCACCAUUGGUCAUGCUCAGCUUCGAGCCGUGGAUUACAAGGAGCUGAUCAAGCUAGAAACCAAGUUUACUCCGUCAACAAAAUUGUCUGUUGAAGGACCACUUCGAAUGAGAGAGGAAUACGCAGAAGGGGUUUUUGAGACACCAAAGGUUAUUGAAAAAAUGGUGCCAAAACAGCUUAAAGGUGCACUUGGUCAGGUAGCAAACACAAUACAACAACUUCCUGUACCUGUUAGGGAUGCUUUCACUGGUGGUCUGAGAGUUCCUUUGAGUGGAACAUUCCAGAGGCUAUUCAUGAUCUCCUAUCUUGAUGAUGAGAUACUUAUAACAAGGGAUACUAGUGGAGUUCUUGAGGUUCUUACAAGGUUAGAUGCACCCUCAUUACCCUUGGCUGACACCAUGACAGAAUAUGAGAGCUAG